GAGUAAAAAAAAAUUAAUAUGUUUCACGCUGUUCGUGGAAAUGUGGCGGCGGUGUCUCGCCUCCUCAUUCCCCGGAACCGAGUGCUGGUCGAGGCCGUGAGAGGAAGAAAGUCCCGCAGCGACCCCAAGGCGAAAUCCAAGGCCGGCAGGAUCAAGGUGCCUCCGCCCGUCGACCCCGUGGAGAUGCUUGUGCUCAAGGAGAGAUUCACGCAGUAUGACCUUAUCAUGAGAGCACUGCGGGCAGAGUUCAAGGAGGAGUUGCUGUGGCGGAGGUACCAGGAGGAGGUGGGCACCCUGGCAGAGGAAAGAGCCAAGCAGGAAGCUGAGGAGCACCAGGCUCUCAUGGCUUGGAAUGACGCCGAGAACCAGAGAUUGCGCAAACUACGCGAGGCGCGGAUCCAGAAGGAACUGGAGCAGAAAGAACUGAGGAGAGCCGAGGCAGCUAUCUCAAGAGAGAACCAAAUGGAAACUUUUGUCAAAGAAAAAGAACAGGAGGUUCUAAAGCUACAGGAGGAAGCAAAGAACUUCAUCACGUUAGAGAAUUUAGACCAGCAAAUUGAAGAAGCCCUCGACAAUCCGAAGAAUUAUAAUUUUGCGAUUGAUAAGGAAGGCAGAGUUGUAAAAAGGACUGUGCUACAGUGAGGACAGUAUUGCAGAACUGCUGAAGCUGUUGUAUAAAACGUUUUGGAUUAAAUAUUAUUAAUAACAUUUCCCCUCUCCACGGCUCCGAUGUGUAUAUAUUGCAGCUGAAUUCAGGGGCUUCUGAACUCAGUUCCUGGAGGACGCAAUGUUUUUUGGUGUUCAUGACAACCUUUACAGUCUGUUAAACAACUAAUUAUCUUCUUUCUGUUGUCUCCUUUUUAAAACAAUAACAGAUUUGGAUUUUUUUUUAAUUAUUAAAAAUGCAACAAAUCA